UGUUGAAAAGUGGAAUACUCCCGAGUUCCAACAGUCAAGUGAGUAUUUUCGGGGUCUCCGAGCGCGGAACGAGCUUGACCACCACCUUGGCUCAGCGGGAUAUGCUGGAAAGCAACGCAAGUGGGAGCAGGAGGAUGAGAUGCUGGCAGAGAGGGGCAUUGAGAAUCCCUAUGAAUCGUUUGAGGGACGGCUGGCACCAUUUAUGCGUGCUAGGUCAAAGCUCACGGAGGAUGGCAAUAUCAAUUUCUACAGCACGAGCGCUGAGGAAGUUGCUCAAAGGGCUUUGAUAGAGAGCAGCCAAGGUUCAAAUGAAGGAGUGAGGGAGUUUGAUGCGCUCACCAGGGCUUUGGGAACCCGUGAGCAACGGGGUCGUGUCCGUGGUGUUUCCAGUCAGUUGACCUGGAAGGAGGGGUUCCCUGAACACAAAGGCAGAUACCGGAAGCGGACUCGAGACUCCUCAUCAAAGGUUGACAUAGAUGAGAUCAAAAAGCAGGUGAAGAUGGAGAUGUAUGGAGAGCUAAAGACUGAUAUCGAGUCUCAGGUGACGGUGAAGAUGUUUGGAAAGCUAAAGACCAUCUUCGAGUCUCAGGGAUUGUCAUUCCCUGAUUUGCUGGGGAGUACGAUGAGUGAAGAGAGAAGGGACAGCUUCGCUUGUACUGCAGCGGGUGCUUCUCAGAGUAGAGGGACAGAGAGGGCAAUUGUGCCUACAUCAGUGGAGCCGGAUACGAUAGAUGGCUUGGCUCGUCCGACCCGAUGCAGUCUUCUCGUGCAGCUGGUCGGAGAUUCAUCUUUCAUGGAGGUCGGGAACGGGCUUGUGUAUCCCGGUAUGUCCCAGCUUGAAGGUGUCCAGGUCAGGGCUGAUUGUGCUGUGGUCAAGAUUGACUACGUGCAUGAGUUUGCUAAGAAUAUCAAGCUGGAGGUGCCACCAGAUGACAUGACCACCACUUUGCGGGAUGCAGUUGCGAGAAGGGUUCAGUGGCGGAGAGCUGGUAUUCAUAUUGAUCCAGCAGAUGCAGAUUCAGUACCGACCAGUCAACCUCAGCCACAGAGUGCUGCAGUGCCACCGACGUUUUCUGAGCCAUGCCCACAGCUGCCAGAUACACGGGAAUCGCACAUGCAACAAGAGACAAGGCGUCGAACCGGAAAGAAGUGUGGGUACAUUGACCCACAGCUGAUGACGGUGACAUUUAUGCUGACAGAUAGAGAUAGCUUGGUCAGGCCGUUCAGCUGCGUGGAAGCUGACCUGCCACUUGAUUACCAGUACCGUUACAUCAGUCUGACUGGCAUCAGGCACAGAUCGUCGGAGGUCAUCAAUGUUGGCGACCAGGAAUAG